ACCACUCUCUGCAACUGUUGUGAGGAGGGAAGGGGCGUGGAAGUCCAGCCCCAGUCCCAAGCCGCUUGGCGCCCCCGGCGCACGACUGCGCCCCCGACCCGGGCCCCCAGCGCGGCGACGGGGACAUGCAGCUUGGCGGCGUGCCCGCUCGGCCCUCCCCCGUCUCUUCCCCAACCCCGCGGUCGCGCUGCCCCUCGAGGCCCGAUGCGGCCCGGCCUGGUUCGAGGAGGAGUGAGGAGAGCCGCGGUGACAGAAAUCACUCAAUUACAGAUUUCUUCAAACCAGUCCCAAAGCAAGAUAGACUUGUGUUGAACUCACCACAAAGGACAAAUCAUAAAUAUGGAAGAGAUAGAUUAUUAGACACUGGUAUAGGACAAUUUGAAAGGAAAAUAUCCACAACAGAAAAUAUGUGUAAAAAGAUGCCGUCUACACUACCAAACAAGAGUCCUUUGAUGAGAGGAUUUAAAGAGAAAAAAGGUGAAAGAGAUGCACCUGAGAGAAACAGGCCUCCUGUGGUGCAGAAAACCCAGUCUUUAGCGGUUGAAAAACACCUUAUUUCUGCUUCACAUCAUUGUAUGUCAAGGAAUGAAAUAAAGGACACAAGGAACCAGGAAAAAUCUCCAAUCAAAAUGUCAUCACAUAAUCAUGGAAGUAUGGGGGAGAUGGCUAAGUGCACAGAUCAAAACAAGACAAUUACAGAUGCCAAAAACUUGGUGUUAUCACCAGAGCUUGCGAUUUUGAAAAACAAUUCCAGCAAAAUUGGUCAUAGAAAUGACCUAUCCAGGUGCCAAGAGUUAAAGUGUUCUAUGAAAAUGCAACAGGAACCAGUUGAGUCUAAGUUUCAAUUGCCUUUAAAAUCCAACUGCAGAGAGAGAGAACUAAAGAAACAGAGUCAGAAACUAGCCACGCAUAAAGUCAUUUCUCCAGAAAAGGCAUUCUCAGGAGAAAGCAGCCUUUCCUCAAAACCCUAUAGCAUAGAUAGAAAAUUCAAAUCAAGACAGGAACAGGCCAUGCAGAAUAUCAUCCCAGAAAAAAACAGACUUUCAAAGCAGGAAAAUGAACGCCACUCAAGAAAAAGAUUACAUUUUGAUUCACUGGAGGCUGCUUCAGGUGCUGAAUCCUCUGAGCAAUCAGAUGCUAAAACACGCAUUGUUUCAUCUUCUAAAAAAGAGAAAGAGGUCACCUUACCUAAAGCACCUGUUACAUGUUCUUUUUCGUCACUCAAGAUCAAGAAACAAAGAGAGAGGAAUUUCAAAGAUGUUGCUAAUACGUCUUCAGUGGAAACAUCUAGUAAAUCUUUGCCUUUUCAAAACAGCAGUAUUACUAAGGGUCCUCCAGCUGUACUGGGAGAUGUUGUAUUGUGCAGCACAAGCAUUUCAAGGCUGUCACGUAAAAACUUAGAAAAUUCCAGUUCUACUAGUGAUAUACUGAGAAAAAAACUAAAAGUUGAUUUUGAUAGUGAUGAGGAAAAUUUAGAUUGCAACCUGGAAAGUGAUGAGGAAGAUGUUGCCUUAAAACCAUUGCAAGAAAUUAUGUCUUUGAAUUCCAGUCAACCUACAACUCCAGAAAAACCUUUUGUUCCUUCAGAAAAGCCCAGAGCAUCAUCAUCAGAUGUUUCAGUAAGUGUUCGUUUCCAGUGUUUUGAGAACAGUUUAGAGCGCCUAGUGAAGGAGAACGAAAAUCCUCCAAGGUCAGCUGAAUGGGAGGAAGAGCUAAAGGAAGAUAUAGUGAAAGGUCAGGGAAUGAAAUCCCUAAUGGAGACAGAAGAAUCCAGAAAAACAGAUGACAAUGGAGAACUCCAGGAAAAGCAUAAGGAGUUUAUAAGGAAAUUCUUCAUUGCUCUCGAUGCUAUUCCCGAUUGCCAUCCUGGCGAAGAAAUAUUUCACUGUUUCAAUUAUGGAAAAAUUUUCAAUCAGCAUACGUUGGACUUACGGGACUGUAAUUUUGUUCCAAAGAGUGCUAUUGAAGAUCUUAUCCUUAAAUCAGGAAAAACGCAACAAAUUUUUUUAACAACACAAGGAUAUCUCAGCACUGCCUAUCACUACAUCCAGUGUCCUAUACCUGUGUUAAAAUGGCUGUUUCAGAUGAUGUCUGUUCACACAGACUAUAUUGUUUCUAUACAGCUUUUGAAUACAUUGAUAGACAUAACAAUUAGAAAUGAUAUCACUGGCGGCUCAUCAGUUUGGCCUUGGAUCCCAUCACUAUCUGAUAUAGCAACUGUGUUUGUCAACAUGGGAGUUAGUUUUAAGAGUUUAUUUCCUGUGCAGAAUCUUCAGCCAGUCUUUAAUGAAGAUAUUUUUAAAUUUGGGGUGCAAAGCAUAUCUGAAGAAAAAAAAAGUGAAGAUUCUAUAGCAGAAACUGUUGUUUCAUGUCUUCCAGAAACUAACAUUUUAAAUGUAGUUAAGUUUAUAGGCUUGUGUACAGCUAUAUACCCAGAAGGUUACACAGAUCAAGAAAUAAUCUUGCUGCUUUUAAUGUUCUUGAAAAUGAGUUUGGAAAAGCACCUGAAACAGAUUGCACUAGUGGACUUUCAGAGUCUCCUGAUAAACCUGUUGAAAAACAUUAGAGAUUGGGACACAAAGAUGCCUGAACUCUCUAUGGCUAUAAGUGAGCUGUCCACUCAUCAUCACAACCUUCUGUGGUUGGUGCAGUUUGUCCCUAACUGGACAGCACGUGGAAGGCAGGUGAGACAGCAUCUCAGCCUAGUGAUUAUUGCUAAAUUUCUGGACAAGAAACCAGAAGAUAUUCCAAGUGCCAGCGAUCUGCAGAUGUCUCUCCUUUGUCAAUACCUUAUACAAAUGAAGCCUGAUUUGCUAAGGAAGAUGAUAGCAAAGAAAACAGGUGAACAGCAGGAUAACCUUACCCAAGACUGUUUAGGUCUAGACCUUGAGCAACAGGUAUAUUACCUGACCUAUGUGCUUCUUCACUUAGUCAGUGAAGUUAGUUCCUAUUGGUUCCCUUUUCAACGAAGGAAAUAUUUGCUGCAGCUCUGUAGUUCUCUGGAGAAGCACAUAAAAUGCUGUAUCAGAGAAGACACAAGAUUUUUUCAUAGGACAAAGGUAAUAGAUUUAGUUGCCAUAAUACAAGGAAAAUGGCAAGAAAUGAUCCAAAAUUCUCGGCCUGUUCAGGGAAAGCUGCAUGACUUCUGGGUACCAGAUUCUUAAUUGGAAUAGCUAAAAUGUUGACCCAAGAGAAAUUGAACAGGACAAGAACCUUUCCUGAAAAUGUGGAAAAUGUAGUUUCAGACUUACAUAGAAACAUUUGCAUGGGGAGACAGGCAAGUAAUGUGCCAUUUCAAUCCAGACUCUACGAGAGAAUGUAAAGUAUGAACCUUGGAUGGGAUUGUCUGAUCCCUUUACAGGAGAUGCUAAAGCUAGAAUUUGAUUCCUGUUUUAGGAGGAGAACAUACAUCUGAUAAUAUAGUGUGUCAUGUAUGAAUGUACUUUAAAAAAAAACCAUCAAAUCAUUGAUUUAUCUUGCCCUGACAAGUUACCCAAAGUUGUGAAUUGAAGUGCUAAGAAGUUUGGAUAGAUUUGCCAAGAUCAUGAAUGUUGCUGUCCCUUUGUAAAACUCUGGAUGGUGAUUACUUAUAAGGUGUGUGGGCUGGAGAACAAUUCACUCCACUUGAAAACCACAGGCUGCUCUUAAUGUUUAACACACUUUGAUGCUAGCCUUUGGUUAAAGGAUAAUCUGUUAUUGUCCUGGUGACUACUGGUUACUAUCAAAGGACCUUUGAUAGCAACAAACUAUUGACACUUAGUUUAAUUGAAAGGGUUUCUUCUAAUACCUCAGUGUCUAUGAGUAUUUCCUAAAACUGAAUGCCAACUAGAUGUUUUUAAUUAUUAACUUUGGUGAUAUAGCUCUAUCUGGAGUGUCAUUAGAGUCAGAAUAGAAUAGAAACAGAAUAAUCCAAACAAAAAAUCCAGGACACUAGAUUUCUUUCUUUACACAUAUCUUUUGGAAAAAUACUUGGUCCCCACAAAUGAAGGCAUGGGAGAAGAAAACAUUAUCUGUAAGAAAUCAGGUGGUUUAAGUGACUAGAGCCUAUUUUAAGCACUGGGGCAGUUAACAUUUCUGUGCCACAGACUGAGUUCCACCUUCUUUGUAGAAUAGGGUUUUUUGGAUUCACCCAAGAAUCAAACCUAUAUGACAUUUCUUCAGUCACCCUCAUUAGAGAGAGAGAGAGAGAGAGACAGACAGACAGACAGACACACACACACACACACACACACACUCCUUAUUAAGUCUACUGGCAAUAUUACUACUUCUUCAAGGUUUUGUUGUAAACUGUCUAUCUUUAGUAGAAAAAAUGAAAGGGUUUAUUUAGAUUUGGCCAAAGGGCAGAGGCUCACUGAUGCUGGACAUAUGCGUGUAUGUGUAUAUACAUGUACAUGUAUAUAUACACACACAUAUCUUUUGACAUGUUAUGUGUAUUUUGUAAGUGUUCAUAUAUUCUCAUUGACUAUUGUGUAAAGUGUACAAAUUCCUGAGUAUAAAAUAGAUUGCUGUGAUUUUUGUGUAAUUAAGGCAUGUAAAUAUUUUCUUGUCAUGUUCAUUAAAAGGGUUGGAUUAGAUAGUUUAGGGAGGGAAGGCUGGAUUGUUUGGGAGUGUGUUGUUUUUUUUAAUAGCUCUCCCCUUUAUUGUUUACUGCAUUUAAGGCACAAAAACUGCCAGACCUGUGACUUUCUAACCACUUUGGUAAACUUUUAUUUAAUAAUUCUCAUAAAAAUAAAAAUUUUUAAACUUCGACAUCUAUAGCAGGAAGGAUUGUUGCAUAUUUCAUUUUUUUAAAGGCAAAUGGGAAAAUUACAGUCUUAAUUCUAAAACAAGCAGCUUCACUUCGGUCUCUAGGUCAUGAUAUGUUAUAUUAGUGUGCAUGUAGGACUCCAUUACUGAAAGUUUUGGAUCCUGUUUUAAAGUAGUUCUUCAGUUUACCUGCCAAAUCAGUCAACAAACAUUUAUUAAGCACUUACUAUAUUCUAGGCACUGUGCUAAGUCAAGGACUUUCAAACCAAGGCACAGAGUAACAUCCGCCCUUAAGAAGCAGGCCUUCUUUCUUAUGGGAGAGUUAACAUGUAGUUGUCUCGAGAUCAUGAAUCUAAUAAAAUGUAAAGGACCUCAGAGGCCAUCUGGUCCAUCCCCCUCAUUUGUCAGAGGAGGGAACCUACUCCCAGGUCACAUAGGUAGUAAGCAUCAAGGGCCAGUGCUGAUGGACUUCUGAAACAGUGUCCUUUGUACUGCCCUGUGUCCUGUCUUCUUGAGACCACAGUUCUUGCUUGAGUGUGCUCCCAAGAUACGUUUUACAAAGAAUCAGAAUUUGCUGAAAGUGCAGAGUGAAUAUAAUAGUGAUACUGGAAAGAUUGUUUCUAAGACAAACCUUCCUAAAGAAGUACUCAUUGUAAAACCAGUCUGUAAGCAAAGUUUGUCCCAGUUAGUUUUGUUUGGUAAGAUUAACCAUGCCAGGAACUACACUAUAUAAUUUUCUAAACUUAAUGUCCAUAUUGCAAACUGAAAAUAAAGACAUUUAUUUGAAAAAUGA